AUGCUUUUGAAUCUUUAUUCUUUGUUAGAUUACAAAGAGAGCUGGCAAGUUUGAGCUGCUAGCUUAAAAUUAGAUAUAAAAAUGAAAAUGAGAUGGGGUUUAAACCAAUUACACUCAAUUUGUCAAGAUUGUAUCGCGAUAAUAAAUAGUCACACCUUCCCUAGCAUCUCCCACAAUGAAAGAAGGCUCCAAGUGCUAAAAUCCUUGAGCCUUAUAUUACAAAUAAAAGAAAAACACGUUCGCUUUUUUCCAAACGACGAAUCAAAAACUUUACACAGAUUAAGAAGUCUAAUUCAUCCACUUACAUGGGAGCAGCCACUUGUUCGUAAGGUGCUUUACGAAUUCUGAAAAGGAGUGACCAUUUCAAAUAUCUCAAAUGCCGUUGAGUCUUUACUUAAUUCUCCUUAUUAUACCAAGCUAAUUUUAGAUAACUUAUUAUUAAUGCUAUUUUAUCUUUUUAUACAUUGCCUAAAUUGCUUAUCUAGGCUGGCAUGUUGAAAUAUAGAGAAUUCACAUGUGGAAAUUUUCUUCAAGCAUUGGAGAAAAAAAUUUGGUGCACCAGCCUAUAUAAGCAAUAUAGACAAAAGAUAAUAAAUUUUGACUAAACUCAUUAAAACGACAUUUAUUAAACAAAUAUUCAUAAAAUAGAAAUCAAAAAGAAUCUAAAUUAAAAUUAUAUAAAUAAAAGUGUUUAUUAUAUGUGUGAUAGUUAGAUACAUUACACUUUUACCUCCUCUUGAUUCCAAUGACAGUUUUCCAUUACAUAAGGCCGUUUUUGAGAGGAAUUUAUUCCGGAUCCGCCAACUUUGUGCGGGAGAGGAUAAUGACCGAAUUUAUGUUGAUAUUGAUCAGGUGGAUUUUUUGGGUAACACACCUUUGAUGCUUGCUGUCAAAUUGAAGCGCUAUGAAGAAGUCUUAGUCCUCGUUGACCAUGGGGCAGAUCCUAAAUUUCGAUUAUCGCCUGAAGAUCCAAGUCCUUUGGAGCAAGCCUUGGGUAUGAAAGAUCGCCACAUUCUAUCAGUAUUAGUUGCAGGAUACCUACGAAAUACAAGAGAAACAUGAGUCAAUCAUCAAGAAGAGUUCAAAAAGGCUUUGAGUGAAAUGCCUGACUUCUCACUUAUAAUGCGAUGGGAAUGCAAUAGUAAUUUGAUUCCUUUUGUAAAAAAAAUAACACCUUCAGAUAUUUAUCGGAUUUACAAAAAAGGGAGCCAAGUUCGGAUCGAUUUAACGUUGAUCGGCUGAGAAGGUCUGAAAUCCAAAAGGGGCUGCCUAUCAAUAAUUUAUGAUAGUGACGAAGGAAAGGUCAUAAUCGUCGACCACAAUAAUAAAACCUGCAAAGAGCUUGAAAUUGACCCCUCUAAUGAGCAAGUGGAGAGGGUUGUAGAAAAACUAUUUAAAAAGAAAAAAAUAAGUGGCGAGUUUGAAAUUUUCGGAGUCAACGUCAAGCCAGAAAAAAACUGGAAAGGCGACCCAGUCACAGAAAACGUUAAAAAUUGAAACUGCGUAAAAUAUAAGCUGACGUGCAAAGCUGCAGCUGAUAUGGAAAAAAGGCAGAUUGUCCUCGAUAAAAAUUUGCAGAGCCUUAAGACUUUUGAGGAGUAUUUACUUUAUUCACAGAGCUCUUCAAGAAGUGAAAACUUUAAUACAGUCCUGCUAAGUCCAAAAUCAAGCAAGCACAUAUCUAAAGACAUAACAGCUACUUUAAUGGCAUGCGAAUCAUACCCGCUUUCAUUAAAAAGCUUCGUUCCAUUACUAGAUCUCUUGACUACUGUGAGCAAAAAGGCUAAUAAACUAAAACCCUUUUUAAGCCACAGCAUGUUAAGCGAAAUAGGUUUCCCAGUAAAGGCUAUCAUCCCUAUAUAUGCCUCUGUAAAGGUAAUUGUUACGUUUGAAAGUGUUUUAAUUGCUCCUCCUGAAGACUCUUUAUUUGAAGUUGAUUUAACGACCAAUAAAAUCCACUAUGAAGAGCUUAGACUGGAAAGUGAGUACUCAAAUCCAGCAAUAUCAGAAGAGUCCACUGCAAAGAUGGGCGACAGGUCAUCUGAUUUUUAUUAUCAAUGUGAAAUGUCGUGCAGCGCAGAUGAAAGCUUAGAUGAGGCUCAGCAGCUUUUUUUGUCACUCAACAGCUUUGAUGAUGCUCAAAUUUUAUUGGACUCAGACGAGGAUUUUUCAGAAAUCUCAGAACAAUAUGUGCCUCGGCCGCUGCCUAACUCGCAGUUUACGAACGCUACUGGUCGAAAGUCUUUACGACAGGUAAUAAGAGGGGCUGAUAUGAUAAGGAAGCUGAGAGAAUUUAUUGAUAAAAGGCCCAGAAGAUCAGAUAACGAUGUAGACAUAGCAUUGUAA